CUUCGCCGUCGAGACCCUGUGUAUUUAUUCUCCUCCGUUUCCUUCGCUUCUGGGUCUCAUCACGGUUCUCCAUUUCUUCUUCCGUUUCUCUCGCACUCUCUUGCCUCGUCCUCGUCAGUCGUGAUCUGGAUUUUGCUGAUCGUGGUGUGAAUUUUGUGAGGACUGCCGUUUUCUCAUGGCGUCGUACACUCCCAAGAACAUUCUAAUCACUGGAGCUGCUGGGUUCAUCGCCUCCCAUGUCGCCAACCGGCUUAUCCGGAACUACCCGGAUUACAAGAUUGUCGUCUUGGACAAGCUCGAUUACUGUUCGAAUCUGAAGAACCUCAACCCGUCGAAAUCGUCUCCUAACUUCAAGUUUGUGAAGGGUGAUAUCGCCAGUGCUGACUUGGUAAACUACCUACUCAUCACGGAGGGCAUCGACACUAUAAUGCACUUCGCUGCUCAGACCCAUGUCGACAACUCGUUCGGUAACAGUUUCGAGUUCACCAAGAACAACAUUUAUGGAACCCAUGUCCUGCUUGAAGCUUGCAAAGUGACUGGUCAGAUCCGGAGGUUCAUCCAUGUGAGUACUGAUGAAGUCUAUGGUGAGACAGAUGAAGAUGCCGUUGUCGGUAACCACGAGGCUUCCCAGUUACUCCCGACCAAUCCUUACUCCGCAACAAAAGCUGGUGCCGAGAUGCUUGUUAUGGCGUAUGGUAGAUCAUAUGGAUUGCCCGUCAUCACGACUCGUGGUAACAAUGUCUAUGGGCCAAAUCAGUUUCCGGAGAAGUUGAUCCCAAAGUUUGUCUUGUUGGCUAUGAGGGGGAAACCGCUUCCGAUCCAUGGAGAUGGAUCCAACGUCCGGAGCUACCUUUACUGCGAGGAUGUUGCUGAGGCGUUCGAAUGCAUUCUCCACAAGGGAGAAGUCGGUCAUGUUUACAAUAUCGGAACGAAGAAGGAGAGGAGAGUGAUUGAUGUUGCCAAGGACAUUUGCAAACUCUUCAACAUGGAUCCUGAGGCAAGCAUCAAGUUUGUCGAGAACAGGCCUUUCAACGACCAGAGGUACUUCCUCGAUGAUCAGAAGCUUAAGAACUUGGGAUGGUCCGAGAGGACAACCUGGGAAGAAGGGUUGAAGAAGACAAUGGAAUGGUACACCCAGAACCCGGAUUGGUGGGGAGAUGUCUCGGGAGCAUUGCUUCCCCACCCGAGGAUGUUGAUGAUGCCUGGUGGGAGACACUUCGAUGGGUCUGAGGAGAAUUCCGCCGGUGCAGCCUCUCUGUCCAACGACGCUGGUCAGACCCGCAUGGUUGUUCCAACUCCCAGAAGCAGCGGCUCACUGCAAAAGCCGUCGCUGAAAUUCUUGAUCUAUGGCAGGACUGGAUGGAUCGGUGGCCUGCUCGGGAAGUUGUGCGAGAAGCAAGGGAUAGCAUUUGAGUAUGGAAAAGGGCGGUUGGAGGAUCGAGCAUCUCUGUUGCAAGAUAUUCAGAGCGUUAAGCCCACACAUGUGUUCAACGCUGCCGGUGUGACUGGGAGACCCAACGUGGACUGGUGCGAGACCCAUAAAACCGAGACCAUUCGAGCCAACGUGGCUGGAACUUUGACUCUGGCCGAUGUAUGCAGAGAGCAUGGGCUCCUGAUGAUGAAUUUCGCCACUGGCUGCAUAUUCGAAUACGACGAAAAGCAUCCCCUAGGUUCAGGCAUCGGCUUCAAGGAGGAGGACACUCCAAACUUCACGGGUUCUUUCUACUCGAAAACCAAAGCCAUGGUGGAGGAGCUGUUGAAGGAAUUCGAGAAUGUAUGCACACUGAGGGUGAGGAUGCCAAUAUCAUCCGACCUGAAAAACCCGAGAAACUUCAUCACGAAGAUAACCCGAUACAACAAGGUAGUGAACAUACCGAACAGCAUGACGGUACUGGACGAGCUUCUUCCGAUAUCGAUAGAGAUGGCGAAGAGAAACCUGAAGGGGAUAUGGAACUUCACUAACCCAGGAGCGGUUUCGCACAACGAGAUCCUGGAAAUGUACAGAGACUACAUGGAUCCGAGCUUCGAAUGGGCCAACUUCACGUUGGAGGAGCAAGCCAAAGUCAUCGUGGCUCCUCGAAGCAACAACGAGAUGGACGCUUCCAAGCUCAAGGGCGAGUUUCCUGAGCUGUUAUCCAUCAAGGAGUCUCUGAUUAAGUACGUCUUCGAGCCGAACAAGACAACCUAAGAGAGAGUGGAGUUAGAGUAGAGAGUUUGGCCUUUAAUAUGUGUUUCUUUGUUUUGGUUGUUUCACUGGGUAUUUGAGUUCCAGGUUGUCUGGGUUAUUGUUUUCUUCAUUUGGGAUGUAUCUAAGUCCAAAUCAUAUGUUCCUCCCAUAGCUUGAUUUUCGUUUGGACC